GCAGAUGAUAAUAUCUAGUGCGCAGUUGAUCGUAGUGCGCAUUGGGAUAGUUUUUGAGUGUAGACGAGGGAAUAGCGGCGCUAAAGAGUAACCAACAACUUUGUGAAUGUGCUCUUGCUCCAUUCUCAUGUUUUAAUUGGUUGAAAUCGACUGCCGAGGAAACCCGACACCCAUGUAAGUAAAUGAACUGCAAAAUAAAAAGUUUGUGCAAAUACUGUGACAUUCUUGAAAGAAUUGUCCUACUUGUUGAUUCUUGUGUUCUUGCGUGAAUGCGCAGAUGGGAAGGCUCUUCAGAAGUUAAUUUUAGUUUUCGUUUCAUGGUUCGACAGUUCCGUUGGUAAUCUGCUAUUUCUGUAAAAUGGACUUUGUUUCUGAAACUACCACUUCUUUAAUUCAUUUUUCGAAACAGGAUUGCGCUGACAUGCUGUUAACACAUGCUGUUAAUUCAUGUGUAUAUGGAUAUUCAAAGAACCUGAUUUCUGUGUGUAUUUAAGAUAUGGAUACCGAAAACACUGCCAGCAACUCGGAUAAAAUUGGUGCUUCAAAGAUGUCUGGCCCAGUUAUUAGUGCGGUCAGACUUCAGCGAAAUCAAGCCGAGAAACAGCGACGAGACCGGCUGAAUGGUUAUAUUAAUGAACUGGCAACUUUGGUCCCUAUGGUGAAAAAUUCUUCAAAACCUGUUGAUAAAGUUAGUGUGCUGAGAUUAGCAGCUGCCCAUAUGAGACUCAACAUCAGUUGUUUGAAUCCAGCACGUUUCAAGAGCAAACUUUCAGUUUUGCCAUCUUCAGUUAUAUCAUAUUUAGAAAUAUUAGAAAAAAAUAUGGGAGGUUUUAUCGUUGCUACUACUUUUGCUGGAACUGUUGUUUUUUGUUCAAAAUCAGUAGAAGAAUUUCUUGGGUAUCAAAAUAUUGACUUUAUGGGGCAGUCUAUCUACAACUACGUACCAAGUAAAGAAAUUUCGCAUUUUGAAAAGAAAAUCAGUUCUGUUAUUUCUCGAUAUAAAAAAGGAAAUUCAAAAAAAGUUCCUAAGUCGCUUGUUCUACAUCUACAGAAGCGUCCGUUACCUCGUACUAAUGAUAUCAGUUACCAGAAAGUAAUAAUCAAAAUUUCAGUUCAUUCUAAUGAAGCCCAAAAUGAUCCAAAUAAAGAAGAACAAGUUGCAGUAAAGGGCAAAAAAGCAUUGAAACAUAAAGACUUUGGUACAUCUGCAUUGGUAUUAAUGUUUAUUGAACCUGUGAAAUCUCCUGGAAAGAUUCCUAUGCCCUUUUCUUUGAAGCAGCAUGAUGUUUAUGUAACUUUACAUGGAAUACGAGGAGAAAUAAUUGAAGCUGACCACAACAUAUCUACUAUUACUGGCUAUAUGCCUUGUGAUGUCCUUGGAAAGUCAGCUUAUGAAUACAUAUUUGAAACAGAUGUACCAAUUGCACAGUUUGCUCAGAAAGCUAUGUUCACAAGUAAUGAUGGAAAAGGAAUAAUAACCUAUAGACUGAAGACAUUUAAUUUGAAGUACAUCUUUUUGCAAAGUACAGGAUUUUUGUUCAAGGAUUCGGCAAAUCAAAUUCAACGAUUUGUUUGCUACAAUAGAUGGUUGAGUGAUGAAGAAGGAGAGCGUGAACUCAAGAAAUUUCAAGAACGAUUUUCACCUGCAAGCUUUGCUGCAAGACAAUUAGAAGCCCAGAAAAAUAAUUCAGAGAGCAAGAUGGUGUGCUUGAACUCGCCAGAGGAAAAUAGCAUGGUUAAUGGUAAUUUAAAUGACUCAUCUUUUUCUGCUCAUUCUAUUGAUGUAAAUAGGGAUUCCAAUAAUAUGAGCAUGCCAGUUGCUAAACGUACCAAAAAUAUAAAAAGUCCUAUAAAUGAGUUGAAUGGUAAUUUGAAUGGAAAUAUCUUGGGGAAUGAUUAUAAUGUGGAAAAAAUGGAAGUAUGCUCUUAUUAUCAAAGUGCAGAUUUGAUUUCGUGGAAAAAGUAUGUGAAACAAGAAAAACAUAUAUAUGAUACUUUACCCCAGUCUUUAAACUCCCAUGAAAAAAAGCAAGAUCUAAGUUUGACACAAUUUUCUAAUAAUUAUGCUAUGGAUGGAAGUGAUAUCACCUAUUUUAAUACAAGAAAUGGAGAUGUUAAUUAUGAAUUAUUUCAAGAAGAAAAGAUGCCACCUUAUGCAGAUGUACAGUUGCAAGAUCCUUACAACACACAAACUAAACAGAUGCCUUCAUCUGUACAGCCAUGUGCUAGCUACUCAUAUCAGGAACUUCCUUCUGAUCAUCGUUCAAAUUUUGAAAAUCUUAUGCCAUCUCGUAUGAGUUUUUAUAAAGUGACAGAUAAUGGCUCUUACAGUAAUAUAAUGGAUAUGCGAAGUGACCAGUAUAACUCAACUUCACCCACUGUACCUUUUGUAAAAAAUAACUUGAAGAGUCACUCAUAUGACCACUGCAAUACUAGGCAAAUUAGAUUACUCGAUAGUGAUUGUACUCAUCAAAAUGGCAAUUCAUAUCAUUUGAAUUCAUCGGAGAAUGGUGCUUAUCAUAAUAUCCAGUCACCAAAAAUCGCUACUUACAACAAUAAUUUUUCAUCUAAUGGAGAUAAUAUGUAUGGCAGUGUUAACACAUAUGGAAAAAGUUUAACUAAGCAUGAUGCAUUUGGAUUUCAGAAAGUUAUUAAUCCAAAAAACGCCAUGUUAAAUUGCCCUGAAAGUAUAAAUUGUAGUAAAAGUGAUGAUUCAAAUAUCUCCAGCAUUUUUUCUACUCUAUCUAGUAGAGAUAAGUGGGAAUUGCUCAAUAGUUCAUGCGACUCUAAAAAUAGGAAUAAAUCGUUUAAUGUUGAAACAAUAAAUUCCAAGGAUUCUAGAUUACAGCAUGCUAUGUUAGAAACAUAUUCUGAAACAAUCACUAGUAAUGGUGAUCUGUGCGAGAAGUCAACAAAUCAAUCAUGUAUAGCAAUUCCAUCAACAAAUCAUGAGAAUAGUUUUGAUUAUAAAGUUAGCCAAAAACUGUACAAUGAGCUUGAUAUGUUUUUUGAGAACUUUUCCGAUUGAUUCUGCAUAAAAUGAAUGUUCUUUGUAACUUGCACAAUAGCUUUAUUAGGUUUAAAAUGUCAGUUUUUUUUCUUUCAUGUUUUGCCUUUAUCCUUCUUUCAACCUUCUAAGCCAGCACUUUCUCAUCUAAAACCCAAACUGACUAUUUAAUUAAAUUUUCUGUAAAAUAAAAUAAUAUCAGUGAUUCUAAUUUAAUUUUUUAGCAUAGAUCUCUCCCCCCCCCCUCCCUUCAGUUUACCUUAUCUUUUAAAGAAAUAUAAUAUUUGAAUUGCUGGCUGCUACAUGGUGCUAGGUUGGUUAAAUGCAAUAAUGCCCAGAAAUGGAAGUUUGACAUUGAAAUUAAUAAUGAUAUUUAAAAAAAAAAACUUCAGAAUUAUAUUGCUGUUGGUAUUGAAUAUGAGCUCAUGAUUACUAGUUAAAGUGUUGCAUAUUUUUCCUUUAAAAUAGGAAAGGUUUUAAUGACUUCACAGUGCAAUAUUGUAAGGCUGGUACUAUAUCAUGAAUAUUUAGUCAUAGUAAUAAUUGUUCUUUUUAAAAGAAUUUCAUUAAAAAAUAAAUUAUUGUUGAAAUUAUAUAUUACAAAUUUAUACACAUAUUUGAAGCAUUUUAGCUGACGAUAAAACUGUGAUCAUCUUUUAAGAGCUUUAUUGGAAAUAUUUUAAUCUAAAAGUUGCUUCAGAUUCAUAUAUAUAUAUAUAUAUAUAUAUAUAAGUGUUCAUGAAUUGCAGGGUAGAAUAAUAAUGGUAUAUUUUUAAGAAAUAUUACAGAUAUCUAUAUUAAUAUAUGAAUAACAAAUUUGAUGGAAUUAUACUAAAAUACUGAGGAAUCAUUAUAUGAUGAUCAUUUUUAUUAUGGAAAUAAAAUGUUGAUUAAACCUUACAAGAAAUUUUUUUUAGUGUAUCAAAAUUGUCAUAGAAUAAUUAUAAGUCGUUUUGUGUGCAUCAAUGGUAAGAGAAUUUUUUUUUUUUUUUUUUUUCCUUAAUACUUUCAAAAUAAAGAAAUUUGGGUUCAAAUUUUUAGAAUUGAAUUCAUCUAAAAUUUCACACUUUUUUUUAUUUGAAAACUGGUUGUAUUUAAUAAGCAUGUGACAGUAAUAAUACUUUUGCUGUAAAGUCUUUUAACCCUUUUGAAAUUUUUGUUUUUGAAUAUAUAUCAAACUCUUUCAUAUACAUAAAACAUUUAACUAAAACAUAUAUCUAAUGAAUUCCCAAUGUAUUUUAAAUAUAAAUUCAAAAUUUUCUAAGCAUAUAGUCAUUUAAAGAAUUGCAUGCUUUAAAAAAAUAUGCAGAAUUUUUGUGAAAAUCUAGAUUCACAUGGUGCUAUAGAGGACCAAAAUAAAAAUGCCCUUAUGGUGGCUACGAAAUAAAUAUUUUCCACCAAAAAAUAUUUCAGAAAUAGAUAAAAAAUAUUAAAUAUUUCCCAAUUCCUGAACUAAGUUUUUUUUAUCCAGUUGUUAGCAUAUUCAAAAUUGAGUUAAAUGAUAAUUUUAUUGUUUUGAUCUGCCUCUUUUUUUUCUUGUAUUUUGUGGGGAAUUUGAAGACUAUAUAAGAAUUAAUUUUUAUGCAAAAAUUUUAUUUUAUUUUGUGUAAUUUAACACAAAGAAUAAAUUUAUAUUCUUAACAUUACUUUGUGCAUGAUUUAAUUUACUUUUAAAGGCUGCAUAUUUAUGUAGCAAAACAAAGUGAAAGUAGAUAGGUCUUAAGAGAUUUCUGAGUUUGCUUAUUUGAACUAAAUAUUUCAUACUGAAAUGGGUUUGUAUAAAGCAUAUUCAUAGAAUGUGUCUUUGUGUGAUAUUCAGUGUACAGCAUAUAUUUUGAAAUGUUUUUUUUUUUUUAAUUUCUUAACAUGUUUUAUAAUAAUAGGUUAUAUUAUAAAAUUUAUUAUGAACUUUCUAAUUAUGAAGUAAUAAUUCGGUUUUUUUACAUGUUUCAAAUUUGAUAUAAUGAAAUGUAUUAUUUGUACUCGCUUUGAAUUUUAAAAUCAUUUUGUAGAACUAUUAUUUAUUAACUAUAAUCAUGUUAUUUAGUGUUUUUGAAAUUCUUUUCUUAAUGUGAUAUGUUUAUUAAAAUGAGAAAAAUGAAUUCAUCCUCAUUGGUGGUAAUUUCAAAAUAGUCAUUUUAUGCAGUUUCACAAUGAGAUGACUGACUUAUUAUGAAAGUUAUAUUAAGUAGAAAUUAGUGCAGUCAUGUUAUGUUUAUUUAAAUGUUUAUUGUGUAAUGAAAGCUGAAAAGAAAGAAUUCUGCCGAAUGAAAUUUUUAUGUGAUCUUCAUGGGUAAUUUUUUUUUUUUUUUAAUAAAAUCAUUUUUUAAGAAAAAUGUAUUUUCAAUUUUGAUUCUUUAAAAUUUUUAAACAAAAUUAGUGCAAGCAAAUUGAAUAUAUGAAAAGAAACUUGAAAUAUAUUAAUCUUAUUAUUAAAAUAUAUUAAAUAAGUGUUGUAUUGUGAAAUGGUCUUGAUUUUUCUUAAUUCUCUGUUUUAAAAAUAUUUCAAAAUUCUUUUUAUCUGUUUUUCUUUAAAAUUUCCCCACCCCUACUUGUAAUGUAUGUUGUUGAAGAAUGAAAAGUAUAUAAUUUAUUUGAAACCAUUUUGCAUCCUAAUCUCUAAUUAUAUGUAUUGGUGUAACAAGAAAACUUUGCGUCACAAAUUAUCUGUGAUUUAUAUAUAUAUAUAUGUAUAGAGAGAGAGAGAGAGAUAUAUGUUUUAUAUUUUCCAUUCCUGGAAGAUUUUGUUGUCUAUAUUAGAAAUAUAAAAGUUUAAUUGCAGGCAAAUUAAAAGAUGAAAGGUUGUAAUCAUUUUAUUUUUGUUAUUGUUUGUUUAAAGUCUAGAGAAUUGAAUUGUUUAUUAUUCAAUUUGUUUUUUUCAUUGCACAAUUCUGUGAUGGUCUGUAUCAAGGCUAAUUGUUUUUUAAAAACCGGUUUUUUUUUUUCCUUCAAUUUGGGAAAUUAAUUUUUUAAAUUUUGGCACUUAUUUUCAAUUUACAGUUACAUCUCACUAUUUGUUAUUGAUAAGAUAAAAAGACAGGAUUAAGUUAAAUUUGAAUGAUCAUAAUUGCCUUUUUGUGUAAAACUUUGUUUCUUCAAGGUUUUAUUAAACACCAUUUUUUUUUUUUUUUGUAAAAAAAAAAAAAAAAGAAAAGAAAAUUUGUCAAGACAUAAUUAUCAAAUUUAUUUUAAUAAAAAAAAAAAUAUAUGCUUUUUAAAAAUUAUAGUACUGACUAAACUAAAUAUUCACUUAAAACAAAUUUUAUCAAUGUUUUAUAUAAAUUUUCCCUUUGUAAGACAUAAUAUUCAUUGCAUGUAAUUUUCUGUUGAUUGAUUUAUAUAUCUAUUUAUAUAGUUAAUAUUCAAAAACCGGUUUUUCAAAAGUCAUUUUAAGGAUAAAUAAUUUCUACAUCAUAAAAUCUGUUUAUUCAUAUUCUUUGUUGAUUUGUAUGUUUUGUUUUAUUUUCGUUGAUUUUGAAGAUAUUUUUACAAUUUUAUGUGGAACAAUGUUUUUACGACUACCUCUAUAUAGUGUAGUAAAACUGUAUUUUGGUACAAAAAAUAAUUUUCACCCAAAGUUCAAAGAGCAAAAUGUUAAUAAUUGUACAUAAAGGAGAAGUAUGAUACAUAAAGAAAAUAUUGCAUGUUCCAUAUUUUCUUGUCAUUUUCUGUAUAAUGUUGAUAUUGUGUGCUGAUAACACUCUUUUUCUGUUUCUUGUCAUUCAUUAUCUCAAAUUAUUCAUUACUUUAUAGAGUAAAUAAUUUAAUGACAAGUCUGAAUCAGUUCUUAUGUUAUUGAGGGAGAAGAGUAUCAUGCACAUUGUCUUUCAGAAUAAAGCCAUUUGUUUGAUUUAUUAAAAAAUCAUAUAUAUUAACUAGUAUUGGAAUGUUGUGCUCCUUUUUUUUCCUACAGAACUUCGGUUAACUC